AUGGGUUUGCCACAAAUAAUACCCCAAAGUGAAGCUGCUGAAAAGAAUGAACAUUUUGGGGUGGUUUCAACUGGCUCGCCUCAGUUUUCGGACGCAAGCCCCUCUGCUAUAAGCAGCAUGAGUAAUGUUAACACUCAUGGGUAUGCUGCAUGCACCGUUGGAUCCUCGUUUGAUGGUUUUCCCAAGAAUGCCUCGUUAGAAAGGUCAAUUGUUUCUGAUAAGACAUUUUAUAGAGGAGCAAUGGAAGUCACUUCCAAUGUCCACGGUUUGAAGAUUGAUACAACAGAUAUGAGUACUCUCCCUGCUUCAAAAAGUGAGCGAAGGGUUCACACUCCUGUUUCCAGGGUUGUUGGUUUUGAAUCAGGUAGAACAAGUUCUUUAGCUGAUGGAUUUACCGAUGUUCCGUCUGGAAAUAUACAUUCUUCUUUUGCUAGUAUCUCAGCCAAUGACACAGAAUCUGCUACUUCAUUGGUUAGGAAGCGACUUUUAUCUCCGCUGAGCAGUAUGCUCUCCCCAAGUCAUUUCAAAGGCGAUUCUCUUGAUAUAGGACGCAGAAAUAUUGAGCCUUUUUCCCUUGUUAAGAGUGAUAAUAUCAGAAUGUCCAUUGCACAAGAUAAUAAGAAGGCGAAUAUUGGAUGUAAAAGCAGUUAUACAUUGCCUUUUUGGCCCGUGACAAGUUGCUUGGAGCAGAAGACCAUGGCACAGAGUGGAGAAUCCGUUUUUCAAACUGAUGGUCCUUUGCUGGACUAUAGAGGCUUGAGAAUACAGGGUAGUUUACCAACUCUUAGAAGUGAACACUUAAGAGAAUCAAGUAUUGUGGCCAGACCUCAAAACGGCGUGAUAUCUGUAUCACCUGUGAGCUCUCCGCUUUCAAUGUCACCUCUUGGUCCUAGAUUUUCUGAAAGAAUGAAAAUGGCCGAGAGAUGCAGGAGGAGUGUUACUGAAGAGAUAAAGGAUUGCAAUAUAGCUUUAAGGAGUACAGAUGAAUCACUAGACAAUUCUAAUUCACGCUUUAUGUCAAAUCGUAAAGAUGAUGGUCUAGAAAUUUCUUGCAAAUCUUUUGAAGAUGUUGAAUUCUUGUUCAAAGAUUUUUGUCCAUCUUCUCUGGAUGACAUUUCUUACAUGAAUCCGCCACUUUCUCAAGAAUCAUCAGCUCCCAUCUCUAACAUCACAAGGUUUACUAGAAGUUUGAGUGGACCUUCAGUUAGGAGGUCUUUGGUCGGUUCAUUUGAAGAGUCCCUUUUGUCUGGCCGGUUCGUAUCCGGAAACUAUAGCAAGAAAAUCGAUGGUUUUCUUGCCGUGUUAAGUAUUACUGGGGGAAACUUCUCUCCUAAAUCACAGAAGCUUCCAUUUUCUGUUACUAGUGUCGAUGGAGAUCGGUAUCUAUUGUACUAUGCAUCCAUAAAUCUUGCGGGAAAUUCUUCACCGAACAUCUUCAGAGGCCAUUUUGUGAAACGGGGGCUUAGAAAUGAUGAUUCACAAAUUGUCAAAAGCCGUUUCCGUAUACCAAUGAAAGGAAGAAUUCAGCUGGUGCUAAGCAAUCCAGAAAAGACUCCACUUCACACUUUCUUUUGCAACUAUGAUUUGAGUGACAUGCCAGCCGGUACCAAAACAUUCUUGCGCCAGAAAAUCACUCUCGAGUCCUCCAGCACAACUUCCCCUCAGUCGAAGAAUGGUUCAACCGGGUUGGACAGUGGAAAUGACAAGGGGAUUCCACUAGUGCAAAAGAAUCACGGCAUCUCGUGUAAUGAGGAAGUAAUGCAGACUGAUGCUGUUGAUGUUGUUGUAAAUAAAACGAAAUCUACAGAUCAGAGAAACACAAAGGGUUCUUCUAGCUUGGGAAGUUUACUAAACAAAGAGGAUUCUUCGAAAAUAUUGAAAGUCCCUUCCUCAGUAAAGCUUGACCAUGGAAGUUUAACCGAGGAAUGUGAAAGGAAUGAAAGAAAGGAAUCUUGGGAGAAAACAUGCGAUGAAUCAGGGAAGCCAUCAAAGAAUUCUAGUAGUGCUGGCCCGCUACGUUAUGCUCUCCACCUCCGCUUUAUCUGCCCUUUUCCUAAGAAGACAAGUAGGUCAGGUCAAAAAUGUAGAUACAAUUCUCUUUCAGAAAAAGUCGGAUCAGACACAGAAGGCGAACGAAGAUUCUACCUGUGUAAUGAUUUAAAGGUUGUGUUCCCUCAGCGUCAUUCAGACGCCGACGAGGGAAAGAUGAAUGUGGAAUACCAUUUUCCUGAAGAUCCGAGGUACUUCGACCUCAACUGA